AUGAAGGCACCUAUGCGACUCCUUUUCAUAAUUACCUUUCUUGGUUCAUUCCUCCAUGCAAGGCCAGAAACUGACUCGUGUACCAGAAAUCUGAGUCUCCAAGUUCAUCUCCCUUUUGAUACAACCAACCUUCACUGCCUCUCUGUAUGGGAUGCUCAAGGUUUCAUCCUCAGAUAUGUUCAGACUUCUGCAAACAUUUGGAGCUUUAUUCUCUCAACACCAGACACAAAUUCUUACAUAUCUAUGGGGUUUUCAGCCAGCGGCAGCAUGGUGGGUUCAAGUGCAAUUGUGGGGUGGGUGUCAUAUAGAGGAGCCAGUGGAGGGAUAAAGCAGUAUUACCUUGGUGGAGUUACCUCAAAUCAGUUAGAAACUACCGAACCUCUGUCCUGGUUGAUACUUGCCACUGGAUCCACUGGUAUAUUCCCUGCAGCACCAGAUUAUUCACUAACAAAACACCUAGACAAGUUUUCCACAAGAAUAGAUUACUCAAAAGCAAAUCAUGGGAGUUCACAAUUGAAUGGAAGUUCUUCUUCACAAGGAGAUGUAAGUAGUUCACAAGGUGACUCAUGUAGCUCCAAGCUAAACCUCAAUGUCCCUCUCCUCUUUGACACAACCAAGCUCAAUUGUCUUCCUGUUUGGAAUGCUCAAGGAUUCAUCCUAAGAUAUUCUCAAACUUCUCCAAACAUAUGGAGCUUCAUUCUCUCAGCACCAAACCAAAAUUAUUACAUAUCAAUAGGGUUCUCUUCCAAUGGAGGCAUGAUAGGUUCAAGUGCAAUUGUAGGGUGGGUCUCAUCCAAUGGUGCUAGUGGAGGCAUGAAACAAUAUUAUCUAUCAGGGUAUGGACCAAACCAAGUGGUUCCAAAUAGAGGCAACUUACCAAUUAUUAACAAUUCAACUUUGAUCACAUUGCAAUCAUCACGUUUGUACAUGGCAUUCCAGUUACAGACUAAUCAUCCUCUGUCCCGGUUGAUCUAUGCCAUUGGACCAAAUGGUGUUUUUCCUGCGGCUCCAAGUUUUGGUCUAAUGCAGCACCAAGACAAAGUUUCAAUUACAGUCAAUUAUGCCACAGGUUCAAGUGCAUUAGGAAACUUAAAUAUGAACCUAAAAAGAAGCCAUGGGGUGUUGAAUAUAUUGGGAUGGGGAAUCUUUAUCAUAAUGGGAGCAAUAGUUGCUCGUUACUUCAAGGAUUGGGAUCCAUUUUGGUUUAAUUUUCAUGUUUCAGUUCAAUCAUUAGGUUUUGUUCUUGGCCUAAUUGGUGUAAUUAGUGGACUAAUCCUUAAUAAUCAACUUCAUGUUGAUUUUAAUCUUCACAAAGCACUUGGAAUCAUCAUUCUUGUUCUUGCUUGCCUCCAGAUACUGGCUUUUGUUGCUAGACCAAAAAAGGGAUCAAAAGUGAGAAAGCAUUGGAAUCUAUAUCAUCAUAACAUAGGGAGAAUAGUAAUUAUAUUAUCCAUAGCCAACAUUUUCUAUGGAAUCCAUUUAGGAAAUGAAGGAAGUGGAUGGAUGGUAGGUUAUGGAAUUGUGCUUGCAAUAUUAAUCUCUAUUGCGGUUAUUUUUGAAAUUGGACUUUGGAGUAAACAUUAA